AUGAAAUUCGUGGUAGACCCUGAGCAAACCUCUCUCUUCAUCUCCCUCGCGGCGAUUACAUUCAACCCCUUGGCGUGGAACAUCGUCGCGCGAAAUGAGUACAGAAACCACACGAUAACGAAGCUGUUCGGCGGAAACACGCGCUAUGGGUGCUACUUCCUCGCCGUGCUCAUUUUUUCGUUUGGCAUGGUGCGGGACGCCUUAUAUCAUCAAGCUCUCGCUGACCAGCCGCGGUCGCCCGGCCUCCUGCCUGCGCCAUUCGACACCGUUGUCCCGGCAGUGCUGUUCUUCCUCGGUCAACUUUUCGUCAUAACCUCGACGUGGGCAUUGGGAAUUACGGGCACUUUCCUUGGAGAUUACUUUGGCAUCCUCAUGGACCACCGCGUCGAGGGCUUCCCAUUCAAUGUCUUGCGAGACCCCAUGUAUGUUGGGAGCACGAUGUCGUUCGCUGCCACGGCUCUCUGGUAUGAGCGCUCUGCAGGCCUCCUCAUCACGCUCUACGUCUACAUCGUCUACACUAUCGCGCUCCGCUUCGAAGGUCCGUUCACCGACAUGAUUUACGCCAAACGCGCCGAAGAGCAGAAGAGGAAGUCGUCUUGA